UACUCGAUACCCUUUCCCCUCUAUCUCACUAUGAUGGGUUUUUUUCUUUCUAACUUUUAGCUACUAUAGCUAAGUUUGUACCUUCAUUUUGCAGUGCCUUUUACACAGACAGUCAUUAUAUAUAUUUUUUAAACGUUUUCCAUCAUGUUCACGACCACCGGUUCCCGAGGGCUCGAUAAGGCCCCCCUGUCUAAAGGUCUCCUCCUGGUCCUCAGUGGUCUGACUGUCGUGCUGACCCUCCUGCCACAGUACAAUCACCUGUUCACCUACAGCCUGCAGGCCAUCACGCUGCAGCACCAGGUAUGGCGGUUAGUGUGUGGCAGACUGAUCUGUCUGGACCUAAAGGACACCUUCUGCAACAGUCUGCUCAUCUACAACUUCCGCAUUGAGAGACGGUUCGGCAGCAGAAAAUUUGCUUCCUUCCUGUUUGGGACGUGGGUGCUCACUGCACUGGUGGACUUCCUGCUGUCCGAAGCGUUUCUCUACCUGUUUGACUACCAGGUGUCUGAGCUGCCUGCCGGACUGCUAGGCCCAGUGUUCAGCCUGUUUGUACCUUUCUACUCCUCCAUCCCCAAGGUUCCAGUCACUCAACUCCUUGGUCAGAUCUCCAUAACUAACAAGUCCCUGGUUUACAUUGUAGGCCUGCAGCUCCUGACCUCCAGUCCGUUCAUGUGGCUCGUUGCUCUCAGUGGACUGGUCUCUGGGAAGCUGUACCACGGAAACGCUCUGAGGGUGCAGCGGCUGCUCUUCGUACCCCGCUGGCUGUCCCGUGUAGGGGCCUUCGUCCUGGAGCCCCUGUUCUCCGGGCCCCCGCCCCCCAAUGAACCGCCCCUGGGUAUGGGGGCUACUCUGGACAUCCAGAGACAGCAGAGGAUGGAUCUCCAUGAUCAACAGAUGCUGCUGGCCCAGUUCCAUCAGGCCAGGAGGAACCACAGACCACCACAGAAUGGCCUAAUGAACUGGAACAGAUUUUUCCCAUCGCUGAGACACAGAGGACAGAACCUUCCCCCAGAGCCACAACCACACCCCUCUCCACCGCUGCAGCCACACCCCUCUCCACAGCAGCUCCACCCCUCUCCACAGCAGCUCCACCCCUCUCCACAGCAGCUCCACCCCUUUCCACAGCAGCCACACCCCUCUCUACAGCAGCUCCACCCCACAGCUCCUCCCUUGGUCAACACUCCUGUAGCUGAAGAACAGGUUGCCAGAUUGAUGGAGAUGGGCUUCUCCAGAAUAGAUGCUCAGGAUGCCCUCAGAGCGUCCAACAACGACAUCAACGUGGCAACCAACUUUCUACUGCAGCAUUUAGGGUAGGGAGGAGUCUGAAAGAUGUAGAACCUGAGAGAGAAAAACAACAGAGGGAACAGAAUGAAGUGUGUGGCUGAUCCAGUGAGCAGGGUCCUGGGGGUUUGAGGCUGAAGAGUGGGUCUGAUCCAGUGAGCAGGGUCCUGGGGGUUUGAGGCUGAAGAGUGGGUCUGAUCCAGUGAGCAGGGUCCUGGGGGUUUGAGGCUGAAGAGUGGGUCUGAUCCAGUGAGCAGGGUCCUGGGGGUUUGAGGAUGAAGAGUGGGUCUGAUCCAGUGAGCAGGGUCCUGGGGGUUUGAGGCUGAAGAGUGGGUCUGAUCCAGUGAGCAGGGUCCUGGGGGUUUGAGGAUGAAGAGUGGGUCUGAUCCAGUGAGCAGGGUCCUGGGGGUUUGAGGCUGAAGAGUGGGUCUGAUCCAGUGAGCAGGGUCCUGGGGGUUUGAGGAUGAAGAGUGGGUCUGAUCCAGUGAGCAGGGUCCUGGGGGUUUGGGGCCAGGGGGACCGGCCUGCUCUGGAGCUCCAGAGGACUACACAGAGAAUAACUCAACACAGACUACACAAUUACUAGGAGGAAAGGAGAGAGGAGGACAGUAAUGCUGCUGCUGUCCACCAGGCUUCCUGAAGGGUGAAGAGGGCUGUCCACAGUGCUUCCUGGUAGUGGGUGCUCAGCCCUGUUCCAGAUAGUUUGGAAACUCUAUCCUGUCACCUUGCUGCUGAAGGACAGAAGAUGGAGGAUCAGAAGGCUGCUAUUCUCAGGGCUUGUUGCAUCUAGUGUCUUCUCUAUACUCUAUAUAUAGCAUUACCAUGGUUCAUUACGGCUUCCUCCACCUCACACACACCUUCGCCCAGAAAACACACACACACACACACACACACACACACACACACACACACAUUCGCCAGUCCCGAAAGGUUUUAUUUUGUGUCAUUUGUCCAUGGACGGUGAUUACAGGAGUUUGUUUGCUUGACUUCUGCAGAAUUAAUCUAAAAUCUUAAAGGGGUUUGAAAUGAGGAGAAUAUACUAAAUUAUGGAAACUGUCAAUCUUGUAUACUCAAUGACAAACGUCUGCACAUGUAAUACUUAGUGGAUGGCUUGUAUGUUUAGCUGCUCAGUGGCUACAUUCUGGUUAACGACACUAUGGAAUAAAAUCAUGGUGACAAGAUAUUAAUUAUUUAAACUGCUUCUCUAGUUUUUCACAAAAUCAUUGAGGAUUUAACACUUAUUUAUAUAAUUUGUAUUUACUUUUUGUUUUAUGUGACUGACUGUAUAAACGGAGGUGUGCUUGUUGUUUGGUUAAACCUAUGCCUGUGUGUGGUGUUAUUAUGCUACAGAUUACAAAUGAUUAACAAUUUAACGAACUGCUUCCAACCACUGAAAUAUAUGCAAUGUGCUCUGCUGUGGUAACCGUGCUGCCCAUACAGCGUUACAACAGUAUAAUGGCCUAAUGAAUAAACCUACCUCUCACCUUCA